UGACUUCCUCGCUCAUCGGCAGCUACAUUGUGUGGAAAGCAGCACGUUGUUGGCUUCUGCACGCUGAACUUUACGCCGAAUUAACGUUCUCCUGUUUAAGGAGAAACCAGAUUCAAAGCUACCAGCUUUUUUGUCAGACUCCUGUAAGUUACCCCAGGUUGCGAAAACAUGUCUGCCUCGGCGGCAAAAGUCAGUAAAAAGGAGCUGAAUUCGAACCAUGACGGAGCGGACGAAACCUCCGAGAAAGAGCAGCAAGAAGCAAUUGAACACAUUGAUGAAGUUCAAAAUGAAAUUGACAGGUUGAACGAGCAAGCCAGUGAGGAGAUCCUCAAAGUAGAACAGAAAUAUAACAAACUCCGCCAGCCAUUCUUUCAGAAGAGGUCAGAACUGAUCGCCAAAAUUCCCAACUUCUGGGUCACCACGUUUGUCAACCAUCCACAGGUAUCUGCCCUACUGGGAGAGGAAGAUGAAGAAGCACUUCAUUACCUGAGCCGAGUGGAAGUGACAGAGUUUGAAGACAUCAAGUCAGGCUACAGAAUAGAUUUUUAUUUUGAUGAAAACCCGUACUUCGAAAACAAAGUACUUUCCAAAGAGUUCCAUUUGAAUGAGAGCGGAGACCCAUCUUCAAAGUCAACAGAAAUCAAAUGGAAAUCAGGAAAGGACCUGACCAAGCGUUCCAGCCAGACACAGAACAAAGCAGGAAGGAAGAGGCAACAUGAAGAGCCAGAGAGCUUCUUCACUUGGUUCACUGAUCAUGCUGAUGCUGGUGCAGAUGAGCUCGGGGAGGUCAUCAAGGAUGACAUCUGGCCCAACCCUUUGCAGUACUACCUGGUUCCUGACAUGGAUGAUGAAGAGGGUGAAGGUGAGGAAGAUGAAGAGGACGAGGAGGGUCUGGAGGACAUAGAUGAAGAGGGAGAUGAAGAUGGAGAGGAGGACGAAGAGGAUGAUGGAGAAGAUGGAGAGGAUGACGAGGGAGAAGAUGACUGAGAAAUAACAUCAUCUACCCAGAGACCCUCAACUUUCUAUUCCCUGUUUGGUUUUUCCACUCACAUUCGGGAGCAAAGGUUUUAAUUUUUUUUCUUUUCCUUUUUUUUUUUCUUUUUUUUUAAUCCGUGUGUGCUUCAUUUUCCAUUCUGAGGCCUCUACACCUGUCGGUGCCAUGUUAUGUUCUCCUUUGACUCAUCUUAGGCCAAUGGCACUUUGCCCUGAAUUGUGAGUACCAUCCCAAAAGUCAUCUCGAAAAUAAUAAUAAAAAGUAUAAAAAUAGAAUCAGCACGGCAUCCUGAGUAGAAUUUGAAGACAAUUCACACAGAAUUCCUCCUGUUAAAGGUUAUAUGGUAAAUUGACUAAAGCCAUGGUGUAGUGACCCAGCGCUAGUUUACCUCAAUAUUUUUUCUCCAUAUUUUUUUCUCUCUCCAUUUGGGGUGUUGAUCCCUUGCAAAAACUGUUAUUUUUCCCCUAUGUGGUUAACGAGUACCAGCUCAUUCCUUUGACUUGUAAUGUUUAGUGGGAGGGGGGUGGGGUAAGCUGGGGAGGGGCAGGAGUAUGUUGGUUAUUGGGGAGAGUGGUUAUUUUGACACCAUUUCUAUGGGACUUUUUUUUUCAUUGUAUUGUUUUACAGAUAUCCAUGAGAUUUGAAAUGACAUUUUUAAUAAAGAACAAAAUGGAAAAAAAAAUCAAGCUUGUAAAUUUUGGCCCCCACUGCUUCAUGGGUAAAACAAACCUGUUAUCUCAUAGAAUUUACUUAAUCACACUUUCCUUUUCCGCUGGGGGGAAAAGAAACUGUUUUAAAUUUGAGGUGUACAACUUGCUUUGUUAAAAUAAUAAAUCUUAAUGUGUA